CAUAAAUAUGUUAGUGGAGGCAAUACCAUCUUAGAACAGAUGCACCAGUAACCUAAAAUAAAGUUAAGGCCCUUGCAUCACCAACUUUACUCAUGGAUUCUGACCAAGAGAGUGAAAGAAGACGAGAUUCAGAUGCCACUUCAGAUGAAAAUGAAACAGGAUCGUCUAAAAUUUCAGAAUAUUCCCAUUCCACCUCAUCUUCCUCAUCAGGCUCUUCUUCAGAUGAUUACAUCCAAGUGAAUCCAAAAAUAAUAUUCAACUCUGUCACAUCAGGUCUGGCAUCUUCCAAAUCUCAUUCCAAUGCAAAGCUUCGAUCUCAAAGUGUUACACGUCAUCAAUUGAAAGAAUCCUCGAAAACAUCUACAAGUUCCACCUCACAGGUUUCUGAUGUCACUCAUGAAUCUUCAUUCUCGACGAUGUCACAAUCGCCUUCUAUACAGGUGAUGGACCGAGAGGCAGGUUUUGAUCCCAAUAGAAUUCCCUCAUCCCUUUUUGGGAGUAAGGAUUCAUCCUCUAAGGAAUGGAGCACUGCCUCGCACGAAUCAUUGUUCAGUAUACACACUGCUGGAAAUGAUAGUCCUGCAAGAGAUGAUAUUGUGAUGACUAAUGGAGAUUUCAAACGGUCCAUAAAACAAGACAACUAUGCAGAAGUAGACAAAAACGAAAAAUAUAAUAAGUCUGGUGAGCUAUCUAAGUUUAGGCAGACUUUGCCAAUUACAAAAGGAGGAGAAUAUAAGAAAAAGAUCUUUGAAAAAGAAAGGAAAGUGGAUGUUGUAAACAAGCUGUCAGCAACAGGAAGUUCAGAUGAAGUAACAAAGAGAAUAGUCCAUUUUACAGAGGAAAUAAAACCUGGAGAGAUCAGAAACCGUUCUACGGCCAUCGGCUGCUCUGAUGGAAAUGUAUGCUUUAGAGACUCUUGCAGUGUUGUUCACCCUUCUGAUGAGAAUGGAUCGUUUUUUGCCUCUCCAAUGUGA